CAGAGUCUACAGAGUCUCCUGGUCAUUGCUUGAUUUGUGUCUUUUUUCCUGCCGCCCUGUCAGCUGAAUCAUUUGAAAAAUGCUGAUCACUCUGUUUUUCUCCCUCCUGGUGUCUUCUGUCAUUGCCACAGAGAAAGACAGUGCCCUUCCCAGGCUGACUGACACCAAAGCUUCUGAGGCCUUCAUCGAUUCUGCCGAAGUGGUGGUCAUCGGUUUCCUAGAGGGAGAGAAGAGUCGCGGCUAUCAGGAGCUCGUUGCAGCUGCAAAGCGAGUUGACUCGGUCCCUGUAGCCAUUUGCACGAUGAAAGAGGUGUGGGCUGACUACAACCUCUCCUCAGACACCAUCACCCUCUUCCGAAAGGCAGAUAACCACCAGGAGAACCUCGUUCUUGCUGAGACCAAGAAGGUUGAAGCUGACAGUUUUGUAAACUUCAUCACCAUCAACGAGGUCCGCUACAUCACAGAAUACAACCAAGUGACAGCAGUGGGCCUGUUCAACUCAGAGGUGAAGUCCCACCUGCUGCUCUUUGCCAACAGAGGGAGUAAAGAAUAUUCUGAGCUCAAGGAGCGACUGGGAGCUCUGGCCCCUGAGUUCACAGGCAAGUUCUUGUUUGUGCUGAUUAACGGAGCAGUGAAGUCCAACUCCCGGUCACUGGGCUACUUCGGCCUCAAGUCUCAGGACCUUCCGCGAGUAGGAAUCUAUGACAGUGACUCUGACAUGAAGUGGCUCCUACCUGAGGGAGAGAUUUCUACUGAACGAGUGCGGGAGUUCUGCCAGUCCUUCAUACAAGGGGAACUGAAGGAGGUGAAGCAGGCAGGAGCAGAAGCCAAAACAGAGCUUUAGGAUUCACAGAAGGAAUGUAAAUGCAUUUAUAUUAAAUAAAAUACUGUGUCU